AUGACAGCCGCGACUUCUUCAGUAUCGGCACCAACUGUUGCAGUGAAACAAAAGCAAACGGAAGUGCUGCGCAUUACCGGAGCCAUUAUUUUUCUCUUGUCCGGCAUUUAUCAUGUGGAUUGGUGGCGCUUAGUCCAAGACCCCAUUGUGGUACCCUUAUCCAUGUACACGGAGGGUGCCAAAUUGACCGUGGCUUACCUGACAGCACUCUUGGCCUGGCGGAUCGAUCCAAUGAGUUGCUGGGACGAAACCGAUUUCAAAGCCCUCCGUAUCAUUUACAGCUUGAUCGCGGUCGCGGAUACAUGUUUUAUAGCACAGCAACCUGACGCCGGAAUACUGGUCUUUAUGAUCGUCCAGGGCCUAUUUAUCAAGCGACACUUGAGUGGAAUGACAAGUAUCAGCGAGCUGACAGCCCAGAGUCCUUUGGUAAUACUUGUCUUUGGGAUAUCGGCUGUACUUUGCGCUGCAAAUGCUACCUUCUUUUGGUAUCCCCGCACGGGUGGCUUCAAUGAUUUGUUUAUUAUUCUGUCCAUUUACUUUUGCCUAAAAUGUACAUCCCUCACAGCAACCUAUGCCGCUUGUCUGAUUGGGAAAUUUCCUCUGUGGAAUGCCCAAAUGACAGCGGUCGGAAUGACCAUGUUUUUCAUCUGUGAUCAUACGGUCACAGGCAAUUUGCUGUUGAGUCAAGACCCGACUACAACAGAUGCUCCGUUCUAUGUUGUAACGAGCAGUUUGACAUGGAUGUUUUAUGGGCCUGCAUUGUUGCUCUUGUCCUUGAGUGGGUACCAUCCUGACAUUCUCCUGGUGUUGGCACCAAAUCAUCAGAUCGAUGCCUCAAGUGCAACGAAGAAGAAAGAAUAA